UAGGAAAAACAACGGAAGCCCUCGGCUGUCAGUUUUAUAACAACAGUCCGAUGCUGGGCUGAAACGAAGCCGAGUCCCGUCCAUGGGAGCAGCAUGGAGCCGUCCGAGUCAGAGGGAAGGGAUGCUGCCGGUCCCCCGCCAGACCAGAGCUCCAAGCCCGAGCUGUCCGCCGCCAUGCGGGCGAAAAUCGAGAGGAACCGUCAGCGGGCGCUGAUGCUCCGCCAGGCGCGGUUGGCAAGCCGCCCUUUGUCCGCCGUGGAGGGAGCAACCUCGGCCAAAGUUUCCAAGACGGUCGACUCCGGCGCUGGUUUCUUUAUCGACGAGGAGGAGGACGGAGAGGAUGAGCGGAAAGCCACGAAGGUGGUGCAUCAGCCAGCUCCGGUGAUCGAGCCAGACUACCUGCUGUGUGAUGACUGCCAGAAACCCUUCAUGGACUCUUUCCUCAGCAACAGCUUUGACCUGUCCGUGUGCGACAAAUGCAGAGACAACGAGGAGAAGCACAAGCUGAUCUCCAGAACGGAGGCCAAGCAGCGCUACCUGCUGAAGGACGUCGACCUCGACAAGAGAGAGCCCCCUCUGAGGUUUAUACUGAAGAAAAACCCUCAUAACUCGCACUGGGGGGAUAUGAAGCUCUACCUUCUGCUACAGGUUGAGAAAAGGUGUAUGGAGGUUUGGGGUUCAGAGGAAGCACUGGAAGAGGCCAGAGAAACGAGGGAGGAGAACAAAGAGGUCCAAAAACAGAAGCGCUUCAACAAAAAAGUCAAAGAGCUGCGCAGGGCAGUGAGAAGCAGCAUGUGGACCAAGAACACCAGCGCUCACCAGCACGAGUACGGACCCGAGGAGGUGGUGGACCCAGAGGAAGACCUCUACAAGAAAACCUGCACUACCUGCGGACAUGAACUCACCUAUGAGAAGAUGUAAAGAUCUACUCGUGUGCAUUCUUACACACUCUGCUCAAAUGGACCGAGAUAAUUGGUGCUUCUGCCUAGAAGCAUUUCAGGAUAUUUGAAACCCCUUGAAACAACAUUAAAAAUAUCUUAAUUGGAAACACGGCAGGUUUGUAUAGAAGCUGAAUAUUUAUACGAAUUACACAUUUUUGAAAUAAACUUGCAAAACUAAUAAACUGUU